AUGAUGACACUAAUUUUCCAGAUAUUUUUGUCUCUUUUGACAUUGGUAUCGUGUUUGUCUUCUUUCAAGGAAUGUGAAACUCAAUUAGCCGAUCUUGAUCGCAGUUUUUCUAGUGUUGGUCCAAAUAUCCAAUUAUUACAAGAUUAUGAGGCUCUUUUAUCCACAAUUGUUAGUUCUUCGUCGAAAAAUAAAAAUGAAGCAUUAACGGCCACCGAAAAAUCAAUUCUUUUGCCAAAAAUUUAUUAUAAAAAAGGGCUAAUUGAAUUAUUUUUAGGGAAAGAAUCGAAAGCAAUUGCUGAUUUCCAAAACUGCAUUGAACACGAUAAUUCGAUGAAUAUUGCCAAAGUAAGGUUAUUGAAAUUGUACUUAUUGCACGGGAAAUACAAAGAAUUCGACAAUUUGAGAGAUUCUCAGCUUGGUGAUCCAAAAUUCAAGUCUUUCUUUGAAUCGAAUGGUGAAAUUAAGGAAAUUGUGGACCAAUUUAACGACGUCAAGCAGAAGUUGAUCAAGUCAGAAGAUUUCAUGAAACAAAAGAAAUACAGUGAUUGUAUCAAUAUGGUUUCCAACGCCAUUUCAAUCUCUCCUUCAUACUCUCAUCUUUAUAAUAUCAGAUUACAGUGCUCCAUCAAUGCUGCGAUCAACAAUGAAAAGCAAAAAGCCGGUGAUGAAACAACUCAACCGGUCAAUCUACGGAGAGAUUUAGCUUCUAACUUGAUUCCAGAUUAUUUAAUAUUAGAGAAGUUGAACCCUCUAUCGAUUGAAAACUAUAUCAAUUUAUCGCACCUUUAUUUUUUCGGAUUGGAUGAAUUUGAAAAUGCCGCCAAACAUAUAAGAAAAGGCUUGCAUUACGAUAUGGACGAUAAAGAUUUGAAACAAUAUUCGUUAUUUUUUAAAAGAAGCGAAAAAGUGUUGAAACAGAUCAAAAAAUUUAAAGACUACAACGCUUGGUUAUUUAACAAGGAGGAAGUGGCGAGAGAGGAAAUUGAUGCAAAUUACAUUACUUCUGAAGAUUAUGCUGAAAUUAUUCAAUUAUUAUUCCAUGAAAAGCCAAAUAUUCCUGUCAGGGAUAUCAGAAGAGUCUACGACAAUAAAGAAUUCGCAAAUAAUUUUGAGUUUUUCGAGCAUCUUGACAAUCAAUUUAACGAGAAGUUUUUCAAAAGUCGUGAAUCGAAUUGGCAAUCAAAAUUAGGGUUUUCCAAAAAGAGUUCUGGGGAUAGUCAUCUUAUUAACGGGUUGAUGUCAGAUUUGAAUAAAAUUGCUUGUGUGGCGUAUUUAAGUGAAAAGAAACUUGGUCUCAGUAAACCAUACUGUUUGAAAGUUUUGGCCAUUGAAAUGCAAAAUGAGGAUAUUAUUAACCCCCAGGAAUACGUAUCAUCAUUCCUACCAUCUAUGAUAUUUGAGAUCCAGAAAUUCAUCAAGAGUAAAGAUUUAACCAAGUUGAAGCCUAUAUAUGAAAAGUUUAAGGAUAAUGAGAAUCUCAAAAAGAUUCCGCUUUUCAACAAGUUUUAUGGCAAAAUUGAAAAAAUGUUUGCCAAACAACAGCAAAAGUUCCAACAACAACAACAACAACAACAACAACAACAACAACAAAGGCAGCAACAGCAGCAGAAUUUCAGACAACAACAAUAUCAAAACCAACAGAGACAAAACUCUCCUCCAAAGAAUGAUUACUACAAAGUUCUUGGGGUCGAUAAGGGCUCAAGUGAUAGAGAUAUAAAGACCGCUUAUCGUAAUCUCGUGAAGAAGUACCAUCCAGAUAAGUACAAAGGUGAGGAUGCCGAAGAGAAAAUGGCAGAAAUUAAUACCGCGUACGAAGUAUUGUCAGAUGAAGAAUUGAGAGAAAGAUAUAACCGGGGGGAUGAUCCGAAUGAUCGUAGCGGUGGUGGCGGCGGUCACCAAGGCGGCAAUCCUUUUGCUAAUCGUGGAGGCUUCCAUAAUUUUGGAAAUGGUGGUAACUUCCAGUUCAACUUUGGAGGCUUUGAUUUUGGCGGGUUUGGGGGCAAUGCCGGACCAAAUAGAAGAGGCUGA